GUUUUAAUUUUGAUUGCUGUUACUACUGAAACCUGGGCCAAAGUGGUGAUGCUGCCUGAGGAAAAUUUCUGCAACCCCUAAGUCAACACUUACACGAUUGUGAGCCAUGCCUUUAGUGAAGCGGAACAUCGAACCCCGGCACCUGUGCCGGGGCGCCCUGCCUGAAGGGAUUACCAGUGAACUUGAAUGUGUAACCAAUAGUACCCUUGCUGCUAUCAUACGCCAGCUAAGCAGUCUAAGCAAACAUGCUGAAGACAUAUUUGGUGAGUUGUUUAAUGAGGCUAACAACUUUUACAUCAGAGCAAAUUCUCUUCAAGACAGAAUUGAUCGCCUUGCUGUCAAAGUUACCCAGCUGGAUUCAACAGUGGAAGAGGUGUCACUGCAGGAUAUCAACAUGAAAAAAGCUUUCAAAAGUUCCACAGUCCAAGACCAGCAGGUGGUUUCGAAGAACAGCAUUCCUAACCCUGUCGCUGACAUCUACAACCAGAGUGAUAAACCACCUCCUCUGAACAUUCUGACACCGUACAGAGAUGAUAAAAAGGAUGGGCUGAAGUUCUAUACUGAUCCUUCCUAUUUCUUUGACCUCUGGAAAGAAAAAAUGCUACAGGACACAGAAGACAAAAGGAAAGAGAAAAGGCGUCAAAAGGAGCAAAAGCGUAUAGAUGGCACAACCCGUGAGGUGAAAAAGGUUAGAAAAGCCAGAAACAGGCGCCAGGAGUGGAAUAUGAUGGCAUAUGACAAAGAGCUCAGACCCGACAACAGGUUGUCUCAGAGUGUGUACCACGGAGCGUCUUCCGAGGGAUCCCUGUCCCCAGAUAGUGUGUCUCACGCUUCAGAUGUCACAGAUUACUCCUAUCCAGCGACUCCCAACCAUUCUCUGCACCCGCAGCCCGUCACCCCUUCAUACGCAGCAGGUGACGCGCUGCCACUUGGGCCGGCCAGCCAGGCCCCCGAGCAUGAGUACCGACCCCCCUCUGCCUCGGUGAGACACAUGGCCCUGAACAGACCUCAGCAGCCACCUCCGCCACCCCCACCACAGGCCGCAGAGGGGUCCCAGGCCUCGGCACCCAUGGCUCCAGCAGACUAUGGGAUGCUCCCAGCCCAGAUCAUUGAAUAUUACAACCCCUCGGGACCACCUCCGCCCCCUCCACCCCCCAUGAUCCCUUCAGCACAAACUGCUUUCGUCAGUCCUCUCCAGAUUCCCAUGCAGCCCUCCUUCCCAGCAGCAGCUGGGUCCUCCUACCCAGUGCCUCCUCACCCGCCCUCCACUGGGCUGGUGGUCACAGCCCCGCCUCCUCCGGGCCCCCCACCUCCCCCGCCAGGCCCUCCUGGCACAAGCUCUUCUCUCUCAUCCUCCCCCAUGCAUGGCCCUCCAGUAGCUGAGGCAAAACGACAAGAAACUGCACAACCACCCAUAAGCGAUGCGCGCAGUGAUCUUCUUGCUGCUAUUCGAAUGGGAAUUCAGCUGAAAAAAGUACAAGAGCAGCGUGAGCAAGAAGCCAAGCGCGAGCCGGUUGGGAAUGACGUGGCCACGAUCCUGUCCAGACGCAUUGCUGUGGAGUACAGCGACUCGGACGACGACUCGGAGCUGGAUGAAAAUGACUGGUCUGACUGAGGUGGCGGGGGCAGCCUGGCCACGAGGCUGGUGGCCAGCCAGGAAACCGUGUCGGAAGUGUAUUGAAAAUUUUAAGUGGUCUCAACACCCAAAUAGUGGUAUUAUAAUCCUGUAGCUUAGCAACUUUUGUAUUAAUAAUGUGAUAAUUGCUUUUGCACAUCCAAAACUUCUGGGUUCUUUCAGUAUUUACUGUGUAAUACUUAAGUGCCACUACACAUAGAAAAUCGUGCUGCACCUGAGGAAAUAACGCUGUAACUAUUGCAUUGUCCUGAAAACAGCAUUUUGCUUCCUUUUUCCUGGCCAUGAAAGUGUUCAGUGCAGUUUGGGUUUACUCGUACCUUACAAUUCUGCAGACUUGCUGUGUGUUUGUGAAGCUGCUUAGUGUUAGGCCUCAGCAAGAUUAAUGACUACGCGUUGACGUCUUCCAAUCAGUAAGUGAUACUGUUUCAAAUUUUUGUGUGUGUUUCAGAAGAGAGAAACAUUUCGUUAGAGAGAAAGAUUUAACAAAUAAGGAGAAUCAAAUGCUUCUGCUUUCAUUUUCUUGGAGUGGUACAUUCUGU